AUGAAAUCAUUUGUCUCUAUGCCGGCAGACGUUAUAACAGAUCAGACUAACAAGGAAACUCCUAAAAAUAAUAGAAAAUCAGCUUUUAAUGUAGAAGAUUUACUAUCAUCAACUAUUGAAACAAAAAUAUCAAAUUCAUCAACAUCUGAAUCACCAUUACUAUCAACGUCACCUUUAGAUUUACCAUCAACAAUUCUCUCAUAUCCAUUACCAACAACAACGGUACCAGAUUUAUCAAGUUUAAUGAUAGGAAGAAAUAAUACAUUAACAACAUUAACAAAUCCUAAUACAAAUUUACUUUUUAAUUAUGCGCAAAAUCUUGAUCCAGCAACAACAAUGUUUUUGCUACAAGCAGCAAAUUUACAGCAGAAUUCUCAAGUAAUAUUUAAUACACCUAAAAGUGAUACAUCACCUCCACACUCAAUAAGCUCAUCAUCACCACCACAAUAUUUUGGAGGACCACAUUUACAAUGGAAUUUAAAUAACAAAAAUUCAUGUUCUGAUGAAAGAUCAUCCUCAUCAAAUGAUACAAAAGAUAGUAAUGGUAUAUCAAAAUGUAUGUUACGUAAACAUAAAAAUAAUCGAAAACCAAGAACACCAUUUUCAUCACAACAAUUAUUAUCAUUGGAAAGAAAAUUUCAGCAAAAACAAUAUCUUUCAAUCGCUGAAAGAGCCGAAUUUAGUGCAUCACUUAAUUUAACAGAAACACAAGUUAAAAUAUGGUUUCAGAAUCGCCGUGCUAAAUCAAAACGAUUGCAGGAAGCAGAAGUUGAAAAAGUUAAAUUUGCCCAAGCAUCAGCAUUAGCAACAGCAGCAUCACUUGCAGCAAAUGCUGCUGGUGUUGUUGAUCAUUCAAAAGCAUUCAUGCAAUUUGCCUACCCAUCAACACAACAAUGGUAA